UCUGUGUUGAGACACCGAAGAGGACAGUUGCAACGAUGGAUUGUCUGUGGACCUGGUGUCCGAUACGCCGCCGGCGCUCUUCCAGCCCCGCCGAGCCAGAGACGCCCGAUACAAACGAGGCUAAAGAAAAGAAAAAAGGAAAGAGAAAGUGGAAGAACAUCUUCAGCAGGAAGCGUAAGCCGAAAGAUGCAGGAAAGCUGCUGGAAGAGGCUCUGGAAGACAAAGUUCUCCAGCAGCCAGAAGGUGAUGAGGGUCUGGAGCUACACUCCAGCUUGGAGGACAUUUCACCUGGUGUACUGGAGAUCCACGCUGACACCGAGGCUGGAGCUCUGAAACACACCAGCCUGGAUGAGACCAGGGACGAUGCUGAGAGACCCCUGCCUGUCAGAAAGCUCGAAGCUGAAGCUAAAGGAAAGAGAAAGUGGAAGAACAUCUUCAGCAGGAAGCGUAAGCCGAAAGAUGCAGGAAAGCUGCUGGAAGAGGCUCUGGAAGACAAAGUUCUCCAGCAGCCAUUAGGUGAUGAGGGUCUGGAGCUACACUCCAGCUUGAAGGACAUUUCACCUGGUGUACUGGAGAUCCACGCUGAUACCGAGGCUGGAGCUCUGAAACACACCAGCCUGGAUGAGACCAGGGACGAUGCUAAGAAGCUCCUGCCUGUCAGAGAGCUUGAAGCUGUAGCCCUGAAAUACACCAGCCUGGAUGAGACCAGGGAUGAUGCUGAGAAGCUCCUGCCUGUGGAGGAGCUUGAACCUGAGGCUAAAGCCCUGAAAAACACCAGCCUGGAUGAGACCAGGGACGAUGCUGAAAAGCUCCUGCCUGUCAGAGAGCUUGAAGCUGAAGCCCUGAAAUACACCAGCCUGGAUGAGACCAGGGACAAUGUUGAGAAGCUCCUGCCUGUGGAGAAGCUUGAAUCUGAGGCUGAAGCCCUGAAAAACACCAGCCUGGAUGAGACCAGGGACGAUGCUGAGAAGCUCCUGCCUGUGGAGGAGCUUGAGUCUGAGGCUGAAGCCCUAAAAUACACCAGCCUGGAUGAGACCAGGGACGAUGCUGAGAAGCUCCUGUCUGUGGGAGAGCUCGAAGGUGAGGCUGAAGCCCUGAAGGACCUGAUGAAGACCAUCCUGGUAGAGUCUGAGGAGACCAAACUUCAGAACGGAAGAGACUCUGAAGCUGACCAGGAUGACCAGAAUGAGCCUGAGGAAACCUCCGAGGAGCUAAAGAACCGAGCUCACGAUGAUGGAGAGAAUUUAGUCGGCAAAGGUGAUGAUGGUGGCAUCACUGGAGAAGACGGCCGGAAAAAGAAAACCAGGAGAGGAACCCGGGGACACGGCCGGAAAAUAAACCACAAAAAAAACGAUAAUGAAGGAUCUAAGAUAAUAAACGCGAUGAACGUUGAAGAUGAAGCAGAAGCUGAGGUCGCUGAGAUCAAGAACGUCCACCCUGAUGAGAAUGGCGACCUGCUGAAUCCUGACCAACCUCUGGUUGAAGAAUUCAUGAUGAAAGUGUUGGCUAACACGGCUGAGACCAAAGCCCUUGAGAAGGUGGUGGAUGCUCAAGCCAGUGCUCACACUUUAAACCGGCAGGUGGAGAAGAAACUAAAGAGGAUGGAGAAGAUAACGGAGCUGCUUCUGGAAGCAGGAAUCGAGAAAGGAGCUGAAGCUGAAGCUCAGAUGAAAGCCGACGAGAAGCUGAAGACCGGAUGCUCAGAGGCUUCAGAAAUGACCGACCUCGUACCUUCAGUCAAAAAGAACAAAAUGAGGAAGGAUGACGCCAAGAACGCAGUGAAACAGCAGAAGAAGACCAGAUGUGGCACUCAAGGCCGUGGAAAUCAACUACAAAAAAGACGCCAACAACAACAACAAAGAAGCAGAAGCGAGUGCUGCAGUGAAGCUUCACGUCGACCUCAGCGACUAUGUGUUCAGUAAUAAAACUAAUAAAGCAUAACAGCAAACGUU